AUGUAUUUGCACAACACGUGCUUUUUCUUGUUCCCUCCCAUACAGAAGGGGCCCUCACAGGUUGCUCCAGUUCACGUUGUCAGUGAAGAGUCAGCUGACAAGACUAAUCUGGGCUUUAUUCAUGCAUUUGUGGCUGCUAUAUCAGUCAUCAUCGUGUCAGAACUGGGCGAUAAGACCUUCUUCAUUGCAGCCAUCAUGGCAAUGCGCUACAACCGUUUGACUGUACUGGCUGGUGCUAUGCUUGCCUUGGGACUGAUGACAUGUUUAUCAGUUUUGUUUGGCUAUGCCACCACAGUUAUUCCUCGUGUUUACACCUAUUAUGUGUCAACGGCACUGUUUGCGAUUUUUGGCGUCCGAAUGCUUCGAGAAGGCUUGAAAAUGAGUCCGGAUGAGGGUCAGGAGGAGCUGGAGGAAGUUCAAGCAGAAAUUAAAAAAAAAGAUGAGGAACUUCAGAGAACUAAACUGUUAAAUGGGCCAGGAGAUGUGGAAUCAGGGCCAGGCACCACUAUACCUCAGAAGAAGUGGCUGCAUUUUAUUUCUCCAAUCUUUGUUCAAGCUUUUACUUUAACAUUUUUAGCAGAAUGGGGUGAUCGUUCCCAGUUAACAACCAUAGUUUUGGCUGCCAGAGAGGACCCCUAUGGUGUGGCAGUAGGAGGAACAGUGGGGCAUUGUCUAUGCACUGGUUUAGCAGUUAUUGGAGGGAGAAUGAUAGCACAAAAAAUUUCUGUUAGGACUGUGACAAUCAUAGGAGGCAUUGUCUUCUUAGCAUUUGCAUUUUCUGCACUAUUUAUAAGUCCAGACUCUGGUUUUUAAAAUUUUUCAACCCUGCAAAAGAAUAAGGAACAGAAGCAUCAAGCAGCUCUUCUUCUGCAUUUUUGUAUAUAAUGUACAGAAUUAUAGUUAAAGAAGCACUGAAGAUGAGACACUGAACUUUUUAUAGGAAAUGAUUCAUGGGACUCACACAUUUAUGGACAGCUUCUGCAGUGGAGAUCUGCUCUGUAUCUGGUUUGUUUAUUCUGUGGUGCCUCCUCCAUUGGUGGGAUUUGUGUGGUUUUCUUGCUUGCUGGACAUGGCUCAGCUGAGUUUUGAGGGUCUACUCUGAUAAAUAUCGAGGCUUUCUUCUUCUUCUCUUACACAUGGCCACCUUUCCUGUUUCUUCAAAAGCUGAUUCUGAAGGCAUCUCAAAGCAGACCAGGUGU